AUGGAAAAACUUGACCUAAAUGGAAAUUCAUCGUUUUCUAAAAAUGAGACCAAUGCAGAGUUUCUCUCUCGGACUGGCUACACUGUUCUGGCAGUUAUCAUGGGUGUCUUCUCUAUUUUGGGGAUCAUCCUCAACAGCCUGGUGAUUGUGGUGACAAUCAGACACAAACAGCUGAGGCAGCCACUCAGCUAUGCUCUGGUCAGCCUGGCUGUAUGUGACCUGGGCUGUGCUGUGUGUGGAGGGCUGCCCACCACAGUGACUACUGCCAUGGGAUACUUCAGCCUUGGACGUGUGGGCUGCACAUUGGAAGGCUUUGCUGUGGCCUUUUUUGGUAUAGCAAGUUUGUGUACAAUAGGAGUAAUUUCUGUAGAGCGCUACAUAGUGGUGUGCUAUCCAAUGGGUGCUGUCCGCUUUCAGACUAGGCAUGCCAUCGCUGGAGUUGUGCUAUCUUGGGUGUGGUCCUUUGUGUGGAACACUCCACCGUUGUUUGGUUGGGGGAGUUAUGAGCUGGAGGGCAUCAAAACCUCCUGUGCCCCCAAUUGGAACAAUCGGGAUACAGGGAAUAUGUCAUAUAUAGUCAUCUACUUUUCACUCUGCUUUGCUGUGCCAUUUUCAAUUAUUAUGGUGUCCUAUGUGCGGCUCUUGUGGACCCUCAGACAGGUGACCAAGCUACAAAUAUCCGAGGCUGGCAGCAGUGUGGAAGUGCAAGUGGCACGUAUGGUGGUCGCCAUGGUGCUGGCCUUCCUAGUAACCUGGUUGCCCUAUGCAAGCAUGGCCCUUGCUGUCAUCCUUGAUUCCACACUAAAUAUUGACCCACUAAUUGCAGUCAUACCGGUUUUCUUUGCGAAAAGCAGCAUAGUCUACAACCCCAUCAUUUAUGUUUUCAUGAAUAGACAGUUUCGAACAUUCGCCAUUCCCACUAUCCUAUGUGGAUGGUACCCGUACGCCUCAGAAGAGCAAACAUCUGAGGCCGAGCCAACAGUUGCUUCCGUUUACAAAAACCAAAGGGAUCUCUGA